AACCUUCGAGUCCCUAGCCCCCGAAUCAUCGUGAGAUCUCUCUCUGCUGUUUCAACUUCAAUUGCAGACCACCAACCUUCGCUCUCUAAUGAUGGUUUUCUUGAGCCUUACCUUUCCUGUUCGAUGCCCGAAAGGAAACUUAAAGUCACUAUUCUUCUCAGUGGAGGUGUCGACAGCAGCGUCGCUCUUCAGCUUCUCCAUGCCGCCGGACAUUCCUGCACUGCCUUCUACCUCGAAAUCUGGUUUCAAGAAGAUUAUGAAAACUUCUGGUCAGCUUGCCCAUGGGAAGAAGAUUUGAAAUAUGCAACGGCAGUGUGCGAACAGGUUGAUGUACCAUUAGAAAUUGUUCAUUUGUCUGAGGAAUAUUGGGACAAUGUGGUAAGGAUACUGCUCAUUCGUAUGUAGCUUCUUGAGAGUCAGGGAUUUGUC